AUGGCUACUCCGGACCGCCCCAACGAACCCCCGACCACCCUCGGACAGAGAAUCUGCACCUCAAUUUGCCUCUUUAUUCUAUUAACAGUCGUUUUUGGAUUGAUUGGUUGGCUAAUCUAUACGGGGAACAUAAAGCCUUCAUCCAUACAUUUCGAGGUCGAAUCCGCCACCGUCUCACAACUCAUCACAGAAGGCAGCUCCUUGAGCGCCACGUGGGACAUUACUCUCCUCGUCGGUAACCCUAACCGCAAAUACAAAAUGUGCUUCGACCACGUCCAGGCAGGGGUUCGCUACCACUACGUCGGUGACAUCGUAAUCGAGCUAGGGAGUACGCCUACAUUGCCAAUUCACUUUGCUUUGAAACGGAUGAACCAAACACACGUACCUCUUGGUUUAAAGAUAGGAGUGGAGAGGCUGUGGAUCGGCGAUGCCGUGGCACAACAAAUCUCCAACGACAGGUCUCGCGGGUCGGUGACGUUUGCUGUUACAGUGGACGCUGUUGUGAGGUUUAAGGCUGUGCUAGCGCCUGUAGAUGAGUAUCGGCUUAGGUUUACCUGCGAUCAGGUAGCUUUUGCGUUUUCCGGGAAUAAUGGUACCGGCAUAAUGACGAGUCAGCUUUCGUGCUCAGUGUUGAACACAGAAUCUAACACAGAAUCUGAAUCUUGGGGUUUUAUUUUCUGA